ACCGCGCCCGUCGCGCCGUUCGAAAUUCAAAUUUUGAAUCUCGAAUCCGUGACCCAUUUUGAAGUGUGUUAUUUUUUUAAUUUGCGAAAAAGGAAUUGUGUUUUGUGCCAGUGACGUUGCCAAAAGUGCUUGUUGCGCUCGGAUUUGUCGUCAGUUUUUCGCAACCUUGGUCCUUUCGAGGCGGUGACGGGGGGCGAGAUGGUAUCCCGGCGGCGUAUCCUGUCGCGUUCGCGCGACGACCUCACACAGGCCAUCUCCAACCAGAUGGAAGAGGAAGAAGACGUUUGGUACCAGAAGGAAAAACUUUAUAAGGAACACAUACAGGAAGUGCUAGACAAAUGGACCCAGAUCGAUGACGAGAUAUGGGCGAAGGUGAUAGUGUUCGAGCGCAAUCGACGCGUGGCUAAGGCUUAUGCGCGCGCGCCGGUGUUGACCAUCAACGGGUCGGAUGACGGCUUUGAUGGGAUGAGAAUCGGCCUCUGCGGUUUCGACAAUCCUCACAGAGACCAGAAGACAGAAGAAUUAAAAAGACACAUAGGACAGGGAGUAAAAAUCAAAAUGGACGACGCGGGUAACAUACUCAUCAGACGCUAUUCGAAGAGUAGUGUGUUCGUGAAGAGUACUGCGGCCACCAGCAACGAGGAGACUGCCAUUGGCCAGGAUAUAGUCAAGCUGCCGGGAUAUGCGCUUGAACAUGAGAAGAUAUUCAAACUGUUCGACAUGAAGAGAUUUCAAUCGAACGUGAACCGGGAACUGCGCCGCUCCUACCCGGACCGCCGACGGCUUGAAACACAGUGCCUCAGCGCUAUCGGCUUCGUCAAGUCUGAAAGCGACUUACUUGAGUGCCCUAUUUGGGUGCUUAUCAUAAAUGUCGUAGCCAUGGAUAUGUUGAAAUCUAAGCUGCCACCAGUCCAACGCCCCAUGGACAUCAAGAACCGUCCGCGCAUCCCGAUCCCCGACGAGGACCCCUACAGCAUCGCCAGCUCCAACGCCAACUCCGGGUCCUCAGGGAGCUCGGGCUAUGGGCUGAACGGCCACGGUGUGGUGGCUGCCACCAGGGAACAGCUGAUGAUGCAGAUGGGACAGCGGCGGGGGGACAAGCCCCCGAAACUGCCGCCGAGGGAGAAUGGAUACGGGCCUGCUGAUAUUCCCAAGCCUGAUUACGACGAUUUAGAGGACGGCCGCCUGCCGCAGCUUGCGCGCGGCAAGUCCGACAAGGGGAAGGAUAACAAAAAAUACGAUGACCCAUACUACUGCGGCCUGCGCGCCCGCGUGCCGAACUUCGUAAAAACCAACGGAAAGCACAUCCUCCCAGCCAUGACCGAGCGCCUCACACUCAAAGACGCGCCCGUCCCAAGCAAGCGCUUCAGCGUUGCUCAUGCGCACCCAGCCUUCCCGCCGCAUAUGGCCCCGUUCGCUCAUGCCCCAAUGCCACCCCAAGCUCUAUGGCAUGCCCGUUCUUACGAAAGCGGAAUCGAUGGAGAGCAUUAUGACCCCUAUGCGUUGUACGGCCGUCUGCCCAUGCCCGGCCGCGGCUUCCCUCUCCCUCCGCCGGCGCACGCGCGUCACAUGUUCAUCGGAGAGUGGGACUAAAAUGCACCUUAACCCCAACACAGUAGAGACAUAUUAGCUUGUAUUCAUUUAUAGUUUAUGCGGAAAAAAUGUGAACUUAUUUUUUUUUGCAUAAACUAAUAGCCACCUGAUUACUGCCAGGUCUGCGAGUAGGUAUUGUUACAUUGAUGUUGAUGAAGGACACGUGUGGCAAAUAUAAGUUUUUUUAUAUUUAUUUUGUGGACAAGAAUGCUUUAUAUCAAUGUGACUGUAUCUUUGAUCUGGAUCUAGAAUGAACGUUUUUGUAAAUAUUUACAUUGUUGUAAAUUUGUUUGUACAGUAGCGUAAGCUGUAUUUUAGAUUCUUUGUAUUCUGUUGCGUUUUUUUGUUUCGGACAAUAAUGCGUCCUUGGCUUUAGUUAUGUUAAUACAUUUUGAAAAUUUUUAUUCUAUUUUAUGUAUUAUCCAUUUUGGAAAUAAGAUAGAAUGUAUCUAGAGUAAUAGUUAACAAGUACAUGUUGACAGAAUAUUUUCUGAUACAUUAAUUUAAACUUACUAAAAUAAUGUAACAAAUCACUGCCACUUGAUUUUACAUUUCUAUAUUAUCUUAUGAAAUGUUUUAUAUUUAUUAAUUAGGUGUCAAUCCUAGUCAAAAACUGGGUUGGGAAAAAUUAAAAUAAACACAGGCGAAACAAAUGAAUCAUCGUGUAUUUCAAUAUAACAAACUAGGGCCUCAAAAGCAUAUUAUUAACAUGAAAAGUUUACCGUAAAUCGAGGUUACAAACAAUUUUAUACUCAAGUGAUAAAUUGUCAAUUAUACCUAUUAAAUACAUAAUUUAUACGCCCAAAAAUAAAACCAUUUUUGUUCAAUUUGUUUGUAGAAACCUGAAACUAUCCCCACAAGUUGCAAAGUAACCCCGGUUUACAGUACCUACUAUUUUGUUUAAUUUUGUAUUAUCUUUUGUAAAUACUUUUCUUAUAAUAUUUCUGUUAGCAAUAAUAUUCCCUAAAUAUUAUCUAAACACCCAUAAACGUUUUCCGGGUUUUCCUUAGUUUUCGCCAAUACUCAAUAUAAUCUUAUAUUCAAUACCAACUUAGUUUUACGUAUUGAAUUACUCGAUCGGUAUAAUUUAUUGUAAGUUUUAAGCAGUGUAUGGUUGGUUAUGUUUUAAACUAUUGUUAGAAAGAAGAAAAGAGCGUGUACCUAGGCAAUGUAAAUCCUACCUUAUGGAACAUAAUUUUAAAUUGGUAGGUAAGCAUUAUUGUGUUCAAUGAAACGUAAAAAUUGCAGUCAGCGCCUGGACUAUACUGACAUCCUAAAAACAGACGUUUUCAUUAUGAUGUUGCUCUGGCGCUUAAAAUUACUGUAGAUUAAGUUUUCAUAAUUUUAUAUCCAAUAUUUUAAGAUAACUUAGAAAGUUUGAAACUGGCUAUACAUGGUCAAGGUAUUUAAAUUCGUACCUUGUCACAGUGACAAUAGUAUGAGGUCCAUAGCGACUUUCAUAUGAUUGUCACUAUAAAAUUACUGUACGUUUGGUAUAAAAAAUCAAUUUGUGCAUUGUAUUUAGACUGUAUAGCUUUUUUAAACUGACAUUAAAUUUGUACAUUGAAAAUAAAAGUUGCAGGUGCUACUCUGGUUACCAUUUCGUAUCUUAUAUAUUAUUGUAGAUAAUUAAAUAAAGAUACUCCUUUUAAUGUCACAAAAGACGAAUGCAUUUUUUCCGCAUACGAUAGAAAAUGUGUAACAAACUCGAAUUCUGUAGUAUAAUAAUAUCAACAUCCGAAUUAUAUAAUGUUAAAGAGGGUGUUGGUUUGAGUAACCUACUUAUGUAUCGAUAAAUAAACAAUUAUUUUUAAA